AUGACAUUUUCUCAUGAAGAAACGGAAACAAUGCAAUUAUGUUAUGAAAAUACUAAUGGCUCAUGUACACGGAUUCCACGUUUACUCAUAGAACAGAUAUCACUAUAUGUUGUAUUCAUGCUUGGUAUUGGUGUCUGUGUAGGUGGCAACCUGUUGGUGGUGAUCUCUGUGUCUCAUUUCAAGCAGCUCCACUCACCAACCCACUUCCUGGUUCUCUCAUUAGCUGUAGCCGAUUUCUUAAUGGGAAUUUUAGUACUUCCAUUCAGUGUAAUUAGAUUUAUUGAAACAUGCUGGUAUUUUGGGCAAGAUCUCUGCAGUCUUCAUACUGGCAUUGAUGCAUUGUGUUCUAUGGCAUCUAUAUUCCAUCUUUGUUUUAUAUCUAUUGAUCGUUACAUUGCAGUCAGUGAUCCUUUAACAUAUCCAAUGAAAUUUACUAUAACAGUUACAGGAUUUUUAAUAUGCCUGGGUUGGUGCCUUCCUUUGACUUACUCAGUAGCUCUAAUUUAUUCAAAUACUAAUGACCAGGGACUGGAGGAUUUGCUUGCUGAUCAUCAGUGCCAAGGCAGUUGUUUAGUAAAUGUUAAUAAAUCGUGGGUCCUGCUAAACUUGGUAAUUGUUUCAAUUCCUUUAAUUAUAAUGUUGUGCAUGUAUUCAAAUAUUUUCAUAAUUGUAAAAAAGCAAGCAAGAAUGAUAGAAAAUAUAGCAGGUAAAACACUGACAGGAGAAGAAUACAGCAGCCGAGUAGCAAGGAGAGAAAGAAAGGCUGCAAAAACAUUAGGCAUAGCAGUUGGUGCAUUUACAGUAUGCUGGUUACCAUUUUUUACAGACAUUGUGAUUGACACAUUGUUUAAUGUCACUACACCACUGACUAUGUAUCACAUAUUUUUCUGGCUUGCUUAUUUUAAUUCAGCAUUCAAUCCUUUAAUUUAUGCUUUCUUUUAUCCAUGGUUUCGGGAAACAGUUCAUCUUAUUUUAACAUGUAAGAUUCUAAUAAAUGAUUACUCAGACAUUAAUUUAUUUAAAGAAUGA